AUGGCGGUCCCAACGCUCAUCAAGGAAACCUACCGCAUGGUCAACCCUGGCGCCCCCCUUCCCUUUCCCCCCGGUCCCGGCAAACAAGGACCAGUAGGUCUACUCUGCCCAGUAUGCGAUACCCCGAUGAUCUAUUCAAGGGCGAAUACCGAUUCCUGGCUCAUUGGGGCAAGUGAAGCGCUCCAAUUCAUUGACUUGAUGAUUACUUACGCAUUUCAAAUCACAUCACAGUGCCCAACCCCCGCGAACAAUCACAACUGGAAAACCUGGCGGUGCGAUCAACUUAAUCAUGAACUCGCCCUCAUCAACCUCGGUGCACCCAGACCAAUCAUUUCGAAAGAAGGCGACUGGGGUCCCCGUAUAUCGCCUUCCGGACAAGUCCUUACGCCUGCCCCUGAACGGAAUCCCGGACAUCCUUACCAUCCCUUCUUGAAUUGUUUAGGAACCCCUGCAAACACGCCAAAUGGACGAGCACCCAGUUUGGGUUUUGUGAUUAACUUGACGGUAGGAAUACCGUGCUUGUUGACAGACUGCCUCUCCCAGUAUUGCCUCGGAUGCUGUCUACAAUACGGCACCCCGCUUUGCCGAAAACACCCUCGCCCGACUCGCAGCUCCACUCCUUUGGAUAUUCCUGACCCACUGGUCAAUCGCAUGGCUCAUUCGAGCGUCCACGCUCUUAAUGAGCCCACACCCCGAGGCAAAUCUAAAGGUACGGCAUCACAGGCUCGCCAUCACCAAUGGGCCCAAACCUCAAACUCUCUUGGACGACGUGUGCCGCAAGAAGCGAUGGCAAUGUUCCAGAACCAUCGCGAGCAACGAGAUGAAGCCGCCCAACGUCAGGCCGCGAGUCUCAUCGAUGAGAGCAAGCUAGUGAUGAUUGAAUUAUGGCUGAAUGAAGUAAAACCUAAGACAAUCACUGUGUUGUUUCCGUUUUGGCCAAAAGCUUGUUUUGGGGAAAGUCCUCUUUUGGUGCAAGCGCUGCAGUCAGCCAAUGGGCCCAAUUGGAAUCGAGCAAUUAUCUUUUGGGAUGAGAAGAUCACUGCAUGGCGCGAUACCCUAGACAGUUACCCGCAUUGCUUCUCAGCCCACCAACGAACAAUCGUGGUGCGACUCCCUUCGGUCGAAGUCCCGCUGAGUGCCCUUCCCUCGUCUACCAAGGCUUCCCCAUCAAAAUCCCCCGUCUCUGCCUUUAUAUCAUCAAUGGAAUUACCCCCAAUCUGCGACCUGCCCUCUUCCCCCAGAACCGGUUCGGAAAGUACCUCGACGGGCCGACUAACCCGUGCUGGCACAGAACCAACACAAAAUGCCAAUACCAAAGCUGAACUCCAAGCUCAACCAACUACCACGACCGGGUUAGACAGUAUACAGAGCCAGACUACACCCGUCCCCAGCCUCUCCAUCUCACAGGAGGGUGCCCCUCCUGCCACACCACCGAACGCCAUCAUGAUCGAUUUAACAGACUCCCCCGACCAAGUACAUAACGAAAUCGACACACAGGCCAGCAAGCCACAGUUGCUGAAGCUCGUUCAUUCUUUCACAAAGAGUUCAACCGAGUGGCUAAACUUCACCAUAAACGACGCGUACAGUCUAUUUGAGCAUAGAUACGCCUAUUUCAAAUCUUGCGUGAUCGUUAAUCAGAACGGUCUUCAUGGCAUCAGUUUGAAGAUUGCCGCGAAGAGGGACGAGAGUGAAUUACAAGAAAAUCGCCCUUACAGACUCGAUGGACCAGUUGGCGUCUGGGGUCCUGAUGACCGCCCUAUGCUCUUUGAGGAUUUUCCAAACACCAUUGAGAUUGACGAUGCUGAAGUACGCCCCCAAUGUAUGGUUAACAAAGUGUUGGCGCAAGGUCUUGGUCAGAUCGUUGAAUGGUCAACCAGGCAAACCUGUGGAGCACCCGUGGAAGUGAUCAAAGUCAUGCAUCGUUGUUGGAAUUCUACGGUCAGCGAUAAUAAAUCAUCCUACUCAUCAUCAUUCCCCAAUUCAUCCGUCUAUAUUUACGAUACUUUAUUGUUUCCGUCCAUCACAGCGAACUCGGCGUGUUGA